AUGACAGUUUCCAAGAGUAUCACAGUAUUACGUACAGUCCAACAAGUCAGACAAUGGAGAUUACAAUGCAUCCUUAAUAGAGAAUCAGUGGGGCUUGUCCCCACUAUGGGUGCAUUACAUGCUGGUCAUUGUUCUCUUGUAAAUGAAUCAUUACAAGAAAAUGAUAGAACUGUCGUAUCCAUAUUUGUUAAUCCUUCCCAAUUUGCCCCACAUGAAGAUCUUGAUGCUUAUCCUCGUACAGUAGAACGUGACUUAGAGUUAUUAGAAAGAGCUUUCAAUCAAAAAUCAGUUGAUGCAGUUUUCAUACCCAAGAUUUCCGAAAUGUAUCCAUCGGGAAUCACUUUGGAUGUUAAUCAACAAAGAGGAGCUUUUGUUACCGUGCAUGGAUGUUCUGAACAAUUGGAAGGUGUUACUAGACCUCAAUUUUUCCGUGGGGUAGCGACUGUGGUCACCAAAUUAUUAAAUAUUGUAACUCCAACAAGAGCAUAUUUUGGUCAAAAAGAUGCUCAACAAUGCGUGGUUAUUAAGAAUCUAGUGAAAGAUUUAAUUAUGGAUACUGAAAUUAGAGUAUUACCUACAUUAAGAGAAUCAAAUGGAUUAGCCAUGUCCUCAAGAAAUGAAUAUUUAUCUCAAGAAAUGAAAGAUAGAAGUUCUAUUAUUUUUAAAGCAUUAAGUACCGGACAAGCUUAUUAUACCCAAAGAGGAACAAAAGUAGCUGCAAAAGAUAUCAUUAAUUUAGUCAAACCAAUAAUUACAUCAGAUCCUGAAUUCGAACUAGAAUAUCUUGCAAUUAGUCAUCCUGAGACUUUGGAUGAUCUUGAAUAUGUUGAACCGGGAGUUGGUGCCAUUAUUUCUACUGCAGUUAAAGUUCCAAGAGAAUCAGGAGAUGGGAAGGCAAGAUUGAUAGACAACGUCAUUCUUAACUAA